AUGAAAUUUAUAAAGAAAAGCUUGAAAUACUAAAAACUUUAAUUGUAAUAUUUGAUAGGACAUUCAUAGGUAGCCUUAGAGUAAGAGAAUAGGCUAUUCUGGGCCUUAUGCGAAUUUAUAAGGAUGUUUUAGACGAUAGCAUUAGUGUUGUUAUAUCAGUAAAUAAUUCGAAUGUUGAGUACUGAUUAGAAAUUUGAUGAACCCUCCUACACUUAAGACAAGAUGGAAUUAAUAAGUAGAAUAUCAAUGCCAACAAUUUUAAUUCUAUAAUAUCUAUCAUUGGAGCAAAUAAUAUAUUUUCAGUUGAUUUUUUUGGCUUUACUCUUUUUAAUGUUGUUGAUUAAUGUAAUUGCUGUAAGAUUGGAAUACAUUCAUUUUAAAGAGAUUAAAUUUCAAAACAAAAAGCAGUUUUGUAAGACCGAUGGGAAUAAAUCCCUUAACUUGUUAAAUAGCACCUAUAAUGAUAAUGAUUUUAUAGAGCAUUUCUUACUAAAAUAGUUGAUGAUCACUGAUAAUGGUUCCCUUAUUGAAAUGUAUUUAUACAGAACUUCCUUACUAACCAAUUAUUUCACUCACAUCCUAUUUUUGCCUUAAAUAUAUUGGAUAGCAAUAAUAUUUUACAGAAUUUUCAAUUCCUCCAAUUACUAAGUUGUCUUAUUUGCUUUAAAUUUUACGCUUAAUUUGAUUCAAUUAUUGUUUUUAAUAAUUUUAGAAGCCUUGUCUUUGUAUAUGCAAUAAUCCUACAGAUUAAAAGACACUAAUUAUUUAAGACUAAGGGUUACAACAUCAUUUAAAAUUGGAUAGAUUUUAAGAAUUGUGCCCACAGUCUUAUACUUCAGUGUCUUGUAUCUAAUGGAUCAUGAAACGAUAUACGACAAUCUGUUAUUCUAAUAAAUAAUAAGUUGUUUUGUACUUUUGAAUCUCUUGUUCGAUUUAUAGGAUUAAUCAUAAAAUAUUCCAUUUGUUUAGCCAUAUAAAAUAUACGUCUUUCAUUUUGCCUUUUCACUUACCUUUGGGAUUACUUUUACAAAAUUAUUACAAUUUUCUAUAACUGACAUCAUAACAUUAACUUUAAUGAGUAUUCCAUGUACAUGUAAAAUGCUUAAUCAACUGACGGAUUAUAAUUUUAAGAAUAUCGUUAUGAAAACACUUCAUGCUGAAAAUAUGCCACUUAAGUAAAAGAUAUUAAAAAGAAGUUCUUAAACUAUCACAAAAUCUAUGGCUAUAAACGAUGAAGCUCAUUAAAUUGAAAGAUUGAUUUGGUUAUAGAAGUUAGAAUAGAUAAAUACAGUUAGGUUGACUAAUUAUAAAUAUUUCUUACAAUUUGUACGUUUAUACGAGUUGUUGGAUAUUUAGAAGUAACAGGCUUAUUCUCCUAAUAAUGUGUUUAAUGCAAACUAAUCUAAAUUUUUGAUGCAAUGUAUAAUUUUAGUUAAGACUCACAUUGAAUUAUGUAAUAAUCUCUAUUGCUUUUGCCGAGGGUUUAUGGGUGAAAAAAAACAGAGUUUAGAAUUGAAUCAUGACAAUAAAUAAAUGAGGAUAUUUUCAGAUUAUACUUGUUCAAACUUAUUUGUUUCAGUUGAUUUAAUUGAUAGAUAUAUUAGAUAUUACAUAAAACUAAUCUUGAAUAUUCAGAUUUAUGUUACACAACCCAAUUUAACUUACAUAACUCAAUUGAUUAGUUAUAUUGGCAAAUCAGAGGAGUGUUAUCAGACAUGGCUAUAAAUAAUGGAAGUGAAAUUGCAAUUGCAAGAAUAAAAGAAGCCAUUCGAUGGUAUUGUUAUUAAUUUGAUGACCAGUUAUUCAAAGUAUCUCACUCUACAAAGGACACAAUCUCAUUUGACUGAAAUAUAAAUAAGAAAGACUAUUUAAUAUGGAGAUUACAGGAGUACUGAGCAUUAAAGGACCCAUUUCUUUAAUAAAUUAAUGGAUUGUCUAUAAAUGAAAUAGAAUUAUUUAAUAAAACUAAGCAGCAAUAAGUUGAAUUACGAAGAAGUUUAAUAAUUGUAUAUUGAAUAAAAUAAAAUCCUUGAUAAAUUGUAAGGUGGUUUGUUGCAGUUCUAUAAUUAAUCUCAAUGUAGAACAUCAACAUUAUUAUUAAUGUUGUAUUACUUAGAGAUACGUUGUGAUUACUUUUCAUUUUACCAAUAUAAAAAUAGUCUUAGAUCCAAAGAAAUAAAGUUUUUCGAAAUUCCAAUACUAUCUCAUCAAUCUCAAAAUGUCAGUUAUCUAAAGAUUAAUCUCUCUAGAUUUUCAAAAUACAAAUGCAGAGGAGAAAUCUUAUCUCGCUCAGAUAAUUCAUAUAACUUUUUUGGAUAUUAAAACAUGGAUGAAUUCUGCAACUAAAUUUAGACUGUUCAUUAAUUGGUACCACCAUUAAUUUCAAAAGUACAUAACACAAUAAUGGAAUUGUUUUUGAUGAGUAGUAGACCAAAUGUACUGAGACAAGAACGUCAUUUGAUAGCUCAAAAAGCCAAUUAAGAGAUUGUAUUCAUUGAGAUGUUCAUUGAUGUCUGUUUUACGAUUACUGCUACAUAGUUCCCUGUUUAUUGUUUUAUGUAAGAACUUAAACCGAUAGGUAAAUUUGAGAAUGUGAGAGGCCAUAUAAUUGUUGAUGAUUAUGAAAUCAUCUAAGGUAUAAGUUCUUAUGCUUAUCAAUCACUUUUUCUCGAUUCAACACAGGAGAUUUGCAAUUAAGAAAUCUCUAAGUUUUAUAGUGAUUUCAAUGAAAAUAUUUAGAAGUUAAAUUUAAUGAUGGAUUCAAAAACAGUAAGAGAAAAGAAAAAAUCGUAAGUGAUGAAUAACCAAUAAAUUAAGAGAUAGAAGAAUAAUAUUAAGUCUGUUUAUAAUCAUUAUAAAUUGAAACUCGAAGAUUAAUUAUUUGUUAUUAAUUCAUAAGAUAAAUUUCUUAUAGAUUUAACAUUGACUUUAACUUAUGGAAUUAUCAAUACUAAAAUAUCAAAAUUCUACAUAAUCGAGUUUAACAAGGUGCACUAACUUGAACUUACAGAUAACAGUUUCAAUGAUCAUUCUAUCUAGCUUUAAGACAGCAUUCAGUAAUCUUCUAAAAAAACAGAUACACUUCCAAAUAUUUAAGAUAAUGAGAAAGCAAGUAAUGAAUCCUCUAUACGAAUGCAACAAUACUCUUUUCCUUAAAUUAAUGAGUAAUGCAUUACUGAAUCUUAGAAUCAGAUUUAAUAGUUGAAUUAAGUUCCAUUUUAGGAACGAAAGAGAUUGACUUUAAUAAAAACAGAAAGAAAAUCAAAAUUCUUUGCAAGUAAAGGUAAUGCUCGAAUUUCAAAUUCAGAUAACUAAAUAAACAAUGAAUAUUAUUCAAAUUAAGAUUAGGAUUAUCACUAAGCAUCGGCUUCAUCAUAAAAGCAAUAAUCAGAGGGGUCCAAAUAUCUCUUUAAAGGCGUUCAAUAUUAUGAAUUUUGUAACUCAAGCAAUGAGAAAAUAUUAUACAUUAUGCAUCUAAUAAAUGCUCUGAUUUUUGCAAUUAUCAUAACAUUUUUACUCAUGUAUUAACUAAGAUACAACUCAGAAAGUGAUACAAUGAUACCUACCUUUGAAAUCCUCAAAGCUUUUACAUCCACGAGUUAUGUAGAUAAUAUUUAAUUAUCUUUAAUGUCUUAAAGUCCAAAUGCCUCAAAAUCAGAUUAAUUUUAUUAACAUUUGAAUAGCUUGUUAGUUGAAAACUCAAUGAUUUUCGUAGAUCAAUAAAAGAAUUAUUUAUUGACUUCCUAAAUAUAGGAUGUCUUUAAAAAUUCAGACACCCAGGAAUUAAAUUAGAUGAAGAUUGAUGUUCUCUAUUUAACUUUGACAACAUUAUAUGAUUAAAUAGAUUUUGUGUAGAAUUAGGAUUUAAUACAGAUUGAAGAAGUGCCUACCUUUGUUAAUUUGAUGAAAGAAUUCCCAAUUCACAAAACCUUGUAUGAGGAGAUUAAUCUAUCAUUUCAGUAGUAAGUUUAAGAUUCGAUUAAUAACUUCAAUGAUUCUUAACGAAGUCUUAUCUUAGCUUUGGUAGUUUUGAGCUUUUUCAUUUCAGUGGUUUCUUUGAUUGCUUAUUAUAAUUAUUUUAAAUACCUGAAGAAGAUUACUAGAUGUAGUGAGCAGGUUUCAAUAGACUGCAUUGAUAGGGAAAUCAAUUUUUGUGCAAACAUCCUUAACAAUAAAUAAAAACUCAACAUUUAUGAGCUUAAGAUGGAUUUCUCGUAUCACUAGGAAAACUAAACGAUCCAUUCAAGUUACAGACCUUUGAACAAUAAUACCAGUUUGUAGAAAAUGAAAAGAUAUCUAAAUCUAAAAGAUGUAUUUACAAUCAAAAGAACCCUAAACUUUCUUUACCCUUUAUUUUGUUUAGCAUUCAUAUUAAUUUAUCUUCUAUUUUCCUAUUUUGACACUCUGGAGACUAUGCAAACUUUAAUAGAAAAUAUCGACGUCUACAAUUAGAGUAUUAAAUACUUGGAAUCCUUUUCCGUCAUGUGUCAGAGUAGUAUUAUCUAUGAGAACGGGGAUUACCUAUUAAAUAAAAACUAUUUAACAAAGUAGUUAUUAUAGGAGUAUUAUGAUUACAUUGAUUCAUCAUUAACCUAUCUAUAAGAAUCAAGUAAAUUUAAUCUCAAAUUAUUAGAUUUCAGAAGUACUCAAAGCAAUGAUUUAUUAAAGGAGAACAUUUGCAGCAUCCUGAGUGUAUAAAUCGAUAUUUCUAUUUGUGAAUAAGUACAUCAAGGAUUAUUGCAGAAUGGAAUUUUGGAGUCAGUUCAAUACUAUUUGGUGCAUUACAUGAACAAUUAUGUUUCCAAUUAUUCGAAUUUUAUCGAAUAUUCCACAUCAGAAGAUGCCAUUGCCAUUAGUUUUAUAAUCAAAGGAAUCAACAGUUAUGUGGAUUAAUUGAAAUUGGACUUAGAAAAUUUUAUUAAUGAUAAUUAAAGUAGCAGGUUGGAUUGGUUUAUUUUUGUAAUUUCAAUAGCCAUAGUUCUUUAAAUUACUUUAUGGCUAGUUUAAUCUUGGAAUCUAAAACAAAAAUUAAGAUCAUUAAAACAGUUUGUCUUUUUGUUGCCUAGAACUAGUUUAUAUAUGAAUGAUAGUUUUUUGAAGACACUUAACUAUGUGUAAAGACAUUAAAAUGAUGUAUGGUAAUGA